CGACACGGAGGGACCGCCUGCUGCCGGGGCUCUGAAAACGUCUGGUAAUGGGAGCGUUCAGCCGGCAGAAGUUUUUCCAGGAGCUUGCUCAUGGCUGCCUGCUGCCCACAGCUCAGCAGGGCCUGGAGCAGGUCUGGCAGCUGCUGGUGAUCUGCCUGCUGUGCCGGCUCCUCUGGAUGCUCGGACUCCCGUCGUUUGUGAAGCACCUGGGCACGGUGGCCGGAGGCUUCUACACUCUCUACCUGUUCUUCGAGCUGCACAUGAUCUGGGUGGUCCUCCUCAGCCUUCUCUGCUACCUCUUCCUGUUCCUGUGCCGCCACUCCACCAUCCGAGGCACCUUCCUCUCCAUCACCGUCCUCAUCUACCUGCUACUGGGUGAGCUGCAUAUGAUGGAUACCACCAACUGGCACAAGAUGAGAGGUUCACAGAUGGUGGUCGCCAUGAAAGCCAUCUCCUUGGCCUUCGAUUUGGACCGAGGUGUGGUUCCCAGCGUGCCCUCGCCCAUCGAGUUUAUGGGCUAUAUUUACUUUGUGGGCACCGUCAUCUUUGGUCCCUGGAUCAGCUUCAACAGCUACAAAGAGGCUUUAGAGGGACGUAAGCUGAGCUUUUCAUGGCUUUUUAAAGUGUCUCUUAGCUGGGUGAAGAGCCAGAUCUGCCUUGUAAUUUCCAACUGUGUGGCACCCUACCUCUUCCCUUAUUUCAUACCUGUCUACGGCGAUAAGCUGCUACGAAGCAAAAAGAGGAGAAAGAUCAGAGGUACUCCGGCAAAGUGGCUGCUGGCGUACGAGAACACGCUGUCUUUCCACUUCAGUAAUUACUUUGUGGGUUAUUUGAGCGAAACCACCACCACUCUCGCUGGGGCCGGCUUCACCGAGGAGAAAGACAACCUCAAAUGGGAUCUGAGUGUGUCGAAGCCCCUGAGCAUUGAGCUUCCCCGGUCCAUGGUGGAGGUGGUGACGUCCUGGAAUCUUCCCAUGUCUCGCUUUCUGCACACCUAUGUUUUUAAGAGCGCGCUCAAGUUUGGGACGUUUUCUGCCGUCAUGGUGACGUACACGGCCAGUGCCCUCCUGCAUGGCCUGAGCUUUCAUCUGGGAGCGGUGCUCAUAUCUCUGGGAUUCAUCACGUACAUCGAACACGUUCUACGGAAGAGGCUUGCAGUUAUUUUCAAUGCCUGCGUACUUUCAAAGAAAUGCCAGCCCAACUGCACUCACCAGAACAAAAAGGAGCUAUGGGUGUAUAUGAUUAACAUAGCUUUCAGUGCUUUGGCAAUACUCCACUUGACGUACCUGGGCUCUGUGUUCAACUCCAGUGUGGACUACAUGGAGGAGGAUGAGGACGAUAUCACCCAUCACACCAUUCAGAAGUGGUCGGAGCUGAGCUGGACGAGCCACUGGCUCACGUUCGGAUGCUGGAUAUUGUACCGCUUGAUUCUCUAAUGACAGGAGGCAGAGGCGACGCAAAGGAAGCAAUAACGAGAGAUGACAAGCCGGCUCUCCACUUCUGCACUGUGACUCUACCCCCCUCCCGCCGUAUCAGACCGAAGAGAACAUAACGAACCUGCACACCACAAUAACCCAGCACGCCGCGUCCGGGCGGCGCCGCAUGCCGGUUGGGGUAAUCUAUUAUUCUAACCUGCUGGGGACUAGUUUUGAUAUCCAUGAAAUGAUAGCUCCCUCCUUUUCUCCGCGUCGCAUCCCUUUUUAUCUGAGCCGCGGUUUGUCGGGCGCUCAUGUUGUGACAGCGGUUACCGAUGUCUCACUGUGAGUCACAAUCAAUACCUAUCAGCAUGGUGGAAGACGGGCCGCUCCUUUCCGUGGACACACGAUAAAGGCCCAUUAUCUUGGUUUUUUCGGCGGCGGCCGCGGCAGAUGUCCUCCAGAUGUGAUUUCCCUUCACCUCAAGUGUUUUACAAUCGUACUUUUAGCCUUGAAGGAUAAGGUGGGCGACAUUCGAUAGUCUUCUUAGAGUCAGCAAAUCCCCUGACAUAACCGAGAUCAAUAAUGCAAUAGUACGUCUCCCUGACACCUUCUGAUUUCCCCAGCUUAUCUCUCUGCACGGCGCUCCGUCCUCACUCAGAGUGCUCUGAUGUACAGAAAAGGAUAAAACAUUCCUAAAGCAGCUGACGACUGUAAACCUCAGUAAAUGCAAACAGGAGUAACAGUGACAUUUUUUUGUUUAUAUGUAUUUUUUAAAACUGGCACCCCUUGCCCAACUCUUCCAGCUUAUUAACUAAUUUAAAAAGAAAUGAUGAUUAGAUUAUUAGAUUUGUGGUUAAUUUGACGAGGAAAGUCAUUUUCAGCACAUUUAAUCAAAUUAAUGAUUAUUAUUACACUGUAAUUAUGGUAUAACUAAAAAAAUGUAAGGCUAAGAAAUAUCAAAUGCAUAACUGUUGAUUUGGGAUCCGUCCUUAUUGACAAUUCACACAAUAAAUUAGCAGUCAUAAUUACCUAGGUAUAUCUAAAAUGAUAUAAAUGAUCAUCAUAGGAGUGAUAUCCUUAACUGCUGUUCUUUUUUUGUACUUUAUCUAAUUUAUAUCAGUAUAAAUAGACCUUCCAAUACUUAAAUGUAAGUUUUCCAAUCUAUACUACAAAGCUGCAUCAACCAAAUUAUUAUUAUCUGGACAUCAGAUAUAAAAUGGUAUAAAAUAGCUUUCUUCUGGUAGAAGUGCUCAGAAUUUGUCCUUUUUCUUGCCUCAUUUUAAUCUUUAGUUCCCUAGACUUAUAACAGAGGAUAUAAGGACUGGUGGCGGUGGAGGAUGUGGUUUUAUAAUUUAUACAUGUGACAGUGGUAACACAAUGUGCUUUGGUUGCACACUGAUUAAGAUGAUUAUUUGCCACAUGCACAUGGAUGAACACUCUGAAUCCACUUUUUUCCCCUCCUCCCUCUAGAAUAAACUAGAAUAAGUGAUGCAUAACAUUACAUUGUUCAGCAGUGGUCCAACUGCGGUCUCCCAUGCUGCUGAGAGGAGGGAAACAUGAGUCUAUAAAUGAGAAAUGAGGCAUGACAAAAAGGGAAGCAAACAUGCAGUUCAGGUAGAUCAACAUAUGUUUUUGAUAUUGAACCAGGGAAAACAGAGCGCUCGUGAAGCGCCAGUCGUGUGGCUGAGCGUACGACUGAUUAAAGGAUGCAGGUUUUUUUUUUUUUCUUUUCUUUUUUAUGGUGAAACCAAACAAAAACCAAACAUUAACCAAACCCAGAAGCUGCCUCGGCCUCAAACAACUGGGUGAAGCAGAGCCUGGCCAGUCUCCUCUCGCUCCUCUAAUUGAUUCUGCAGCGUCUUUCUUCUAGUGAAAUCCAUACUUGUGUGAUCAAAGCUUCCCCUCCCUGAUGAAAGUAAUUGGUUUUGGUCUUUUCAUGGGAUUUGCUGUCGGAAAGAGGACCGCCAGACCGCGGCUGUCCUUUGACGGACUCUUCAGCAUGUAAAAAAGACGACGCAGAGUUUCCGUCUGAACGAAGAGAGCACAUGUUAAGGUUACGAGGCAGCAACUUUCUAGUCACCUAGAAUGAUUUCCCCCCCUUUUAGUGAAUUUUAGAUAUUGAAUUUUAAUAAAUAAGACUUUUUUUUCUUUUUCUUUGUGGUGAAGUUUCCUAAUGGUGUUUGUAUUUUUGCUUUGUGUUGAUAAUGAUCUCCUUCAACUUGAAUCAUUUGCCUUUGCUUAGUGAAGGUCUUAUUAGUAUUUUAAAAACUGUCUUUUACUCUUCAGUGCUAAUAAAAAAAAAAUUAGAAUCAGGGUAUUUUACUUGUAUUAUCUUAGAGCGAAACUGUUUGAACUUCUCAUUUUCACUGCAGCUUCAUAAUGAGAUUAUACAGUACACUAUAUUAAAUAUUUAUCCAUAAGUGCAGAUUUUUAUUACACAGCUGCUUUUAAUGAUGUGAUUAUGUAAUUGAGAGACCAUGAGAGUCUGUAUCAGAUUGUGAUCACAGUCUUCUGUAUCUUUUUUUUUUUUUUUUUUUUUUUAAAUCUAAAACGUAAAAGGAUUUGCUUCUCGACUAAGAUGUAGUGUUAGAUUAGAGCCUGAAUGUUCGUUCACUGCUUGAGAACAAGUGCUCAGCCUCUGCAGACCCGUUAACACUCGACUACCAACCAGUACUUCAGAUACAACCGCUCCGACAUUUACUUUUGGUCAAUGUUUAGCCCCUGUAAAUGUGAAGGCACUGAUACACCUGUGAUAUUUUUAUAAAAUUUUACAUGAAAA